AUGGCAAGCAUUGCUGCUCAGCUGGCCAGGGAUAGGUGCUCAGCUCUAGGCAUUGGCACCAAUAAGAACCCAGUGAAAUACUUAAACCAGGACUACGAGGAGCUGCGGGCGCAAUGCCUGGCAUCUGGCAAGUUAUUUGAAGAUCUGACUUUUCCACCUGCGCAGUCUUCUCUGGGUGUCAAUGAUCUGGGACCAAAUUCAGAAAAAGUACAAGGGCUCGUCUGGAAAAGACCUGCGGAAAUAAAGGAAAAUCCUCAAUUUAUAAACGAGGGUGCAAAUCGAGCUGAUGUACGACAAGGAUCUUUAGGUGACUGCUGGUUCCUUUGCUCCAUCGCAUCUCUCACCCUCAAUGAAGAGUGUUUGAAUCGUGUGGUUCCAGUAGAUCAAAGCUUCAACAACUAUGCAGGUAUCUUCCAUUUCAAGUUCUGGCAGUACGGGCAGUGGGUGGAUGUUGUGGUGGACGAUCGGCUGCCAACUAAGAAAGGGAAGUUGCUGUUCGUAAAGUCAACAGCAGCCUGUGAGUUUUGGAGCGCCCUCCUGGAGAAAGCCUACGCCAAGCUGAAUGGGUCCUAUGAGGCUCUAAAAGGCGGCUUACCAUUGGAAGCUCUAGAGGACUUCACUGGCGGUGUUGGUGAAUUAUAUUACUUUGAGAAUCUGCCGAACAACUUGUUCCAGAUCAUUCGUAACGCCUUGAAAACAAAGUCCCUGGUCACCUGCAGCACAAAAUCGGACUCUGGGUCAGGUGAGAUAGUUGUGAAGACAAAUGUUGUGAAGAAUCACGCGUAUUCCCUGACCGGGGCAGAAGAGGUCAGCUAUCGUGGAGACAAAGUGCAGAUUGUCCGAGUGAGGAAUCCAUGGGGUUUUAAAGAAUGGAAUGGCGCCUGGAGUGAUACUGCUCCGGAAUGGAAUGAAAUUGAUCCAGAAGUUAAAACUCGGCUGAAUCUGCAGUGUGAUGAUGGAGAGACUUGGAUGCCUUUGUCUUCCUUCUUGGUUGAAUUCUAUCGGGUAGAAAUCUGCCACCUCAACCUGGACAUUGCAUGCCGUAGUGAAAAACAUAAGUGGUGUCUAACUGGAUUUAAUGGGAAGUGGACAUCAGGAGUGACCGCAGGAGGAUGCAAAGGCAACUGUAAGAAUCUCAUGACAUUUUGGACCAAUCCGCAGUACCGGAUCACCCUGGAGGACCCUGAUGAGGGUAAAAAUGGAGACAAUGGGAAACCAUGCUGUACAGUGCUGGUCAGCCUGAUGCAGAAAGAGCGUCGGAGAAAGAAACCCCAAGGAGGAGACUUGUUGAGAAUUGGCUACUAUAUAUACAAGGUACCUAAGAUUAAACAAUGUCUGGUAGAUCCGCAGCUGGGGAACGAUUUCUUCAAAAAAAAUAAAGACGCAGCCCGUUUGGAUGUUUACAAAGAUCACCGCGAGGUGUCCAACCGGUUCCUUCUUCCCACUGGAAACUAUGUGAUCGUCCCAACCACCUUUAGACCCUCUGAAGAAGCCGACUUCUUCCUCCGUGUCAUCUCAGAGAAGAACGCCAAGGCACUUGAAGUGGGCAAUGUGGUGGAAGCAAGUCUCUACGAGAAGAUAGCUGGCAAGGAUGAUAACAUUGUGUACGUUUUCAGGCCUGGCCUCUUCCUCCAAGGUUGCCGGGCCCCGUCCUCGUCCACCGCAGCUAUAGCUGUCACUGACAGGUUGUCAGUGAUCUGGACAGUGGCGCGUUUCUUCUCACAGCUGACACCUUUAUUAAAUUCUACCCCGGACCUGGACCCUCAGAACGGGGAUGAGGAGGCAGAUGAAGAGCAGCAGAUAGAGGAGUUCAAUGUAGAAGAUGUGAGACAGGCUGUGAACAAGAGGUUGGUAAAGUAUACACUUUACUGCAGUCUGUUUCUGGAAGACGUGAUCCUUUCAUUUCAUCAUAUACUGGAUGAGAGAAGCAGAGCCCGUUCCCACCGGGGAGAAAUUCUGGACUUUUCUAAUUUUAUUCUCUCUCCAGAUCCGGAUAUUAAAUCUGCCGGGUUUGGCCCCAGGACCUGCAGAGAGAUGAUUAAUCUAAUGGAUGUGGACAAUACGGGGACUCUGAGUGCAGAAGAAUAUAAAAUCCUCUGGAUGAAGCUGGAGCACUACAUGAAAAUCUUCCUGGAAGUGGACGUCAAUCACUCGGGAACCAUCGAUGCCUAUGAAAUGAGAAAUGCCAUACAGAGAGCAGGAUUUAACCUCAAUACCAGGAUUCAGGAGAUCAUUGUACAGCGAUACGUCUCCAACGAGCUGUUCAUCAGUUUUGAAGAUUUUAUAGCGUGUUUGAUUCGCUUGGAGACUCUGUUCAAAAUGUUUAAUAUACUGGACGCAGACAAGAGCGGAAGUGUCAGCCUGUCCUUAACUGAGCCUGACAGGUCACAGUUCAGCCUGCACUUCCCACAAACGUCCGGCAGGGGGCGCUCGGCGCUUCGUGGUUUCCCCAGUGAUCUCACCCCCCUACUGAAGAAGUUCUCGGCUCGGCUCCUCACUCAGUUCUCAGGCUGCGCAGUGAAAGGAGACUACGUGUGA